UAUGUUGCAGAUGUUUUUCCUGCCUUGUUCCUGGGACUUGCAGAAGGAGCUGUUCUGCGGGAACAGAUUGGGAAGGCAUCUCCCAAGCGGCUGCUCUCCUUGGAGCAUGCCCAGUGUGAGCCUUGACCUGGGGUCCAGGAUCCCCUUUGCAGUAAGGGGCUGCCCCUAAGGGACCCUGGGAGAGGUUGGCCAUCAGCUGUGCAUCUUCGCUUCCCGUGGAAGAAGGAAAAUUGGGGUCUCCUCCAAGGCAGGAGGAGUUGCUCAGCGUGAGCCAAGAACUCCGUGCUUGGGGUGGGAAGGCGUUGUGAAAAAUGCUUGCCUGCCAGGCCCGGGAAAAAACGUGGGAUGUCGUGCAAGAGAGCUUCUUGGAGCAACAGCUGCAGUCCUACAUCACCUGGGUGAAUUCACAGCUAAAGAAGAAGCCAGAAGUUCAACAGGUGCAGGAUUUGAGACGCGACCUCCGCGAUGGCGUGGUCCUCGCCUCUCUCAUUGAGAUCGUAGCUGGAGAGAAACUCAGUGCCGUGGAGGAGUCGCCCACCAACCAGCAGGCCAUGAAGGAGAACGUGGAAAAAGUCCUACAAUUCGUGGCGUCCAAGAAGAUCCGCAUGCACCAGACCUCGGCUAAAGAUAUCGUGGACGGGAAUCUGAAAUGCAUCAUGAGGCUGGUCCUUGCGCUGGCCGCUCACUUUAAGCCUGGAUCCGGCAAAAUCGCUUCACCAGGAACCGUGGAAGAGAUCCAGGGGGGAAGCAGAAUCUUGCUGGCCCAUCACAGGUCUCGCUCGGCCGUAGCUGUUGCCCAGGAGGCGGUGGCCGCCCUGGCAGAGGUCCGCCAGGAUGUCUCGGGAGUGGGCCGUGAUGCCUUCCAGCCUCACCCCAGAAACAGCCAGCUGCACGGAGAGAUUGAGCGGCCGCACUGGAGUGUCCGAGCGCUCGUCCAGCAGUACGAAGGCCAGCAGAGCAGUGGCCCUUCAGAGUCCUCUUUCUCCAGUCAUUUUAUCCAUCUCUGCGCAUUCGAGAAUUUUCCUAGAAUUUUCUCCUCGUUUCGUCCGAGGAGACUUUUUUUUUUUCCAUUUUUUUUUGCGAAUGCGAUUCUUGCUGCAGUAAGUAUGCGCAAUAUAAUGUAUGGAAGGUUUUUGAAACCAGCCGCGAUUCUAAACCCUUUGCCAGGCGGAGAAGAUGCCCUGUUUGGGCACGGACGAACUCGGCCCUUGGUGUCUGGGGAGCGCGAAGGAGGAAUUUGAGAACUUGAUGAGCUUACGGUAGAUCUCUGGGUGGCUAAGCGGGAUCUCUCCCUUUGUAAUCCGUCUGACUGGCUGUAAUCCGUCCGCAGGAUUAACUUGCCUCCGCACUUAACGCAGCAGCAGGAAAGUUGACGACAAAGUACCCGCAAUUUAUGUAUUUCUUUGUUUAGAAGUACAAGUACGACAAUUCGUUUAACGACUGUCUGAAGUUACAAUGGCACUGAAAACAGGGACUCAACGAUCGUUUUUCACACUUAUGACCCCUGCAGCAUCCCCCAUGUCACGUGAUCCAAAAUUCAAACUCUUGGCAACUGACUCCUAUUUAUGACCGUCGCAUUGUUCCCGGGGGUCACGUGAUUCCCUUUUGCCACCUUCUGACGAGUGAAGUCAACUCAUUUAAGAACUGCAUUGAUUCACUUAACAACUCUGGCAAGAAAAGCCCUUCCUCCUUCCCCCUUCUACCGCUGAUGAUGUUACCUAGUUGGGUCAUGAAACGUCUGCAAGAAAAAACAACAUCAACCUCAGAGAGCGCCAAAAAUCACCAUCACCUCCUCUUCCUCUUCUUCCUCCUCCUCCCUCCUCCUCCUCCUCCCCCUCCUCCUCUUCCUUUUCCUCUUCUUCCUCCUCCCCCUCCCCCUCCUCCAUCUUCCUUCUGCU